GGGCCGGGCGGGGCGGUUGCCGGCCCCGCACUCCGCUCGCCAUGCGCCGGGCGCUGCCGCCGCUCCGCGCCCUGCUCGGGGCCGCCCGCCCGCCGCGGCUCCCGGCGCCCCGGGGGAUGUGCGGCCCCUUGGCCGGGCGGAGCGGGCACAGCGCGCUCAGGGGGCUGCCAUCCUUUGGAUUCCUCUUUGACAUCGACGGGGUGCUGGUGCGAGGCAGGACCCCCAUCCCUGCUGCCAGAGCAGCCUUUCGCAAGCUGGUCAACCCUCAGGGACAGUUCCUGGUGCCCGUGGUCUUUGUCACCAACGCUGGGGACUGCCUGUGCCAGAAGAAGGCUGAGCAGCUGUCUCACCUGCUGGGGGUCCCAAUUUCCCAAGAUCAAGUGAUGAUGUCUCACAGUCCUCUGAGGAUGUUCAAGCGUUAUCAUGAGAAAUGUGUCCUGGUAUCUGGACAAGGACCCCUUCUUGAUAUUGCUCAAGACCUUGGCUUCUGCCAGCCCAUCACCAUUGACACUCUGAGGGAGAAACGCCCUCUGCUCGAUGCAGUUGACCAUGACAGAAGACCCAAUGUCCUGUCCCCAUCUGCUGUGGAGCUUCCCAAGAUUGAGGCUGUGGUGCUGUUUGGGGAGCCAGUCAGAUGGGAAACCAGCCUGCAGCUGAUAAUUGAUGUUCUGCUGACCAGUGGCUAUCCUGGAAAUCCCUAUGGGCAGGAAAGCUACCGUCACAUCCCUGUGCUGGCCUGUAACAUGGACCUGAUGUGGGUGGCUGAGGCACAGUCCCCAAGGUUUGGGCAUGGAACGUUCAUGGUUUGUUUGGAAAACAUUUACAAGAAGAUCACUGGCAAAGACCUGAAGUACGAGGCGCUGAUGGGCAAACCCAGCAGGCUGACAUACCAGUAUGCAGAGCACCUGAUCCGGGCCCAGGCCCUGCAGAGGAGCUGGGAGCAGCCCAUCCAAACACUCUAUGCUGUGGGGGACAAUGUGAUGACGGACGUGUACGGAGCCAACCUGUACAACCGCUACCUGCAGGAGAGCUCCGGGAGCGGCCCCCGAGCUCCCCUGCCGGCCCAGGCUGCGGCGGGCACAGCCCCUGCCCGGCGGGCACAGCCCCAGCAGCCUGGCCCCGGCUGGGAGAGCGAGCUGGCUGCCGCAGCCGCUGCCCGCUGCAGCUCCGUGCUGGUCUGCACCGGCGUGUACGACCCCCACAGCGAGGUGGCCCUGCCCGGCAGGGACAGCACCGCCGAGAACGUGUUCCACGGGCACAGGGAUUUCGGCUUCGACCCUGCCUUGGUGGAGCCAGACCACAUUGUGCCCGACGUGGAUGCUGCUGUAGACCUGGUCUUCCGGCUGGAGAACUUCGCACCUCCUUGAGGCCACAGGAUUUCUUAGGGACCACUCAGUGCUGUGCUUUUCUUGCCCAAAACACACUGUGCUUUACAGGCGUGCCACAAAGUGCUGCCUUCUAAAUUUUUUAACCUCUAUUAGGUAUGCUUAUCAGUAGUACAUGUGUUUAAUUAUAUAAAACAUCAAUAAUGCUUUUUAUAA